AUGCAUACGAAACAAGUAAUUGAUCAAUCUGAUAAAUAUGUUCAAACUAUACCAAAUGAACCUUCAAAACAUGAACCAUGGCAUGGUUUCAAUGAUUUUAGUUUCAAAAAUGGACUAGAAAUGCUAUUUGCAUUUCUUAUACCGGCAGUAAUUGCUAUUGUAGCUAUUUUUAUACAGAAAAAUGACAUGGAUAUAGGCAGAAAAAAUCGAGAAAAUGAUUUAAACAUCAGUCAAUUACAACGUGAUAGUGAUGAACAACAAGCUCGUUAUCUAGCAAAUGAAACUGUCUUUAGUAAUUAUGUUAAAAAUAUUGGUGAUAUUAUUCUAUAUAGUCCAGUUCGAUUUGGAGCACAACAAUAUAUAGUAACACGUGCAUUAACAUCUACUAUUUUACGACAACUUGAUUUAGACAGGAAACGAUUAGUUAUACAAUUUUUGUAUGAUACUACUAUUUUACAACGUAAUACAAAUAUAUUUGAUACACCUCACGCAAAUGAGAACCAUAUAAAUUUAGAAGGUGUAGUUUUAGAUCAAGUCAAUUUUAGUGGUAUUUUAAAUUUAUCGACAAUUAUGUUACGAAGUGUUUCAUUAGUAAAUGCUACAUUUUCUAAUUCAAAUUUAGAUGCAUCCGAUUUUUCUAAUUCAAAUUUAGAUGCAUCCGAUUUUUCUAAUUCAAAAUUAAUUGGAGUUAAUUUUUCUAAUACAAAAUUAUCUCGAGUUAAAUUUGUCAAUGUAGAAUUACAAAAAUCUGAUUUUACAGGAGCAUCUGUAGAAAAUAUUCAAUUAAUUCGAGCAAAUUUAAGUCAAUCAACUAUAACUAAUGAACAAAUAAGUCAAGCUUUAUUUGUUUAUAAUACAAUUUUACCUAAUGGUACUUAUGCUCGAAAUAAAACAUUUAUUAAAAAUGGAGAUAGUAAACAAGGUUUAAAUCAAUGGAAUAUUACAUCAGGAAUAAUUGAAGUCAAAGAUUCUUAUUUUAUGGGUAAAAAUAAUUCAACUAUGAUUCAACGUAUAAAUAUAACAGAUGCAAAACUUUAUAGUUCUUAUCCAUCAUUUAUCUAUUGUUUAUCUUUUCUCGUUCAUGGACAAGAAAAUUUAAUGAUUCAAAUAAUUCAAUUGAAUCAAAAACGAGUCAUUAUUGAUGUAAAUAAUAUUAAUCAAAUAAUAUCAUCUUCCUGCAAUAGAACUUCUUCGAGUUCAUUGGAUUUUUGUUAUUGGUCAUAUUGUAAAGCUUCAAUUGAUGAAACUGAUUAUAUUGAUCUAAAAUUUAUUUUUGGAUACACCAAUGAUCCAACAAAUAUUAUAGCUGUAAAAGAUAUUGAAUUUAUUAUUACUAUAGAUUAA